CUCAGCCACAUGUGGCGGGGCCGAAGUGAGUUUGAAAGCUGACGCCACAGAGGUGGGGCAACUUUAAGAUAUGAGCUUGCAAGCCAAUCAGAGCAACGCAAUCCUCUCACGCUCAAGCUGCCAUCUCACUCUGCCACUGCACUCCCAAUACAGGACGAUAUUCCAACUACAUUAACAAGAUAUUUGAGACUGCCCACCGAGAGCGAUAUCUGUAGAAUUUUGCGGCUAUCCUGCGAUCAAUCCGCAUCUGCAGACAAUUGUUCGACUCCAAUAAGAACAACAGUCAACUCGAUACCGCUCCCAUCACUUGGUGGGGCAACCACAACAUCACACAGCUUGCGCCCAAGCCAAGCUCACCCUGUCAACACCCCAGUUCAAACAUCCCAUCAUGGAGUUCGGCCCAGCGCUUUACCACGAGUUUGGAGAGGCUUGGAAAACACGGGAUGGUUACCGACUAGCAAAGACCAUCUCUCCAGAGUUGACUCCUAGCCAGUUGUCCAGCAUAUGGCAAAGUGCGAAUGGUGCGGGAAGCUACAAAGCAGCUCGGGACGACGAUGUGAAAGCAUCCAUUAAGCGUGGUCUUUCCAGUAGUUCAGCGCGUUUGGACGGCAUCGGCCAAAAGGAGAUCAAGGGUUGGGUCGAGGUUUACUUUGCGUACUGGCAAGCUGCCGGCAUCCUUGCUCAAGUGCAGCAGACCUCAUCAUGGACCAAUGCUUAUGAGCAGUGGAAAGUCUUGAUCAACGCUCUGAUCCAGGGGUAUAACAGUCAUGAGUUUGAAGCCUGGACCAUUCCGUGUCUCUAUGUGGCGGGCAAACAUCUACGGCUGUUUGCGAUGCAGGCGGAUGAGCACACUAGUGUCAACGACAACUCGGCAACUGCAUUCCAAGAUGACUUUGACCCAGAAUUACAGAAACAUCAGAAAUUGGAGGACUGUGCGCGAGUUCUUAACAAAGUAUUCACGAUUUGCCUGAGUGACAGAGCACCACUCGAAGAGUCUCGGAAAUGGGGGCUCUAUUACAUCGUCAACCUUCUCUUCAAGACUUACUUCAAGCUCAAUGCGACAGGAUUGUCGAAAAAUGUGCUGAGGAUUUUGACCGCAGGACGGGGAGAUAUGCCAGACUUUCAUGCAUUCCCAAAGUCUCAGCAGGUCACUUUCAAAUACCACGAAGGAGUAUUAUGCUUCCUUGAGGAGAACUAUGCUGAAGCCGAGAAGCAUCUGACGGAAGCAUGGAACACCUGCCACAAAGACGCCAUGAGGAACAAAGAGCUGAUCUUGACAUAUCUAAUUCCGUGCCACCUCAUCACAACCCACACCCUUCCCACAGAAAAGCUGCUGGAGCCUUACCCACGACUACAAAAACUCUUCCUCCCACUCUCUCGGUGCAUCAAGCAGGGCGAGCUCCACAAAUUCGACAUCGCCCUUCAGGAAGCCGAGGACGAGUUUGUCAAACGGCGCAUCUACCUCACCCUCGAAAGAGGACGCGACAUCGCACUACGCAAUCUCCUCCGUAAAGUGUUCAUCGCCGGCGGCUUCGAGCCAGUAGCGAAGGAGGGAGACAAGCCUUUUCGCCGGACUCGUAUCCCAGUAGCAGAGUUUGCCGCGGCUAUCAGCCUCGGCAGCGAGGAGAAGGUUGACAAUGACGAGGUUGAGUGUCUUUUGGCAAAUAUGAUUUACAAAGGACUGAUCAAGGGAUAUAUCUCUCGUGAACGGAGUAUUGUAGUGCUCAGCAAGUCGGGGGCGUUUCCCGGGACUGGCGUUUGAGCGGGGCAAAUAUGGGCGUUGACCGCGCCCCAUUUGGGAAGGCUUGAUAAGAUCUUUCAUCAACUGCUGUGUCCAACUGGAUCUUCUGGGACUCACCGAGUUCUUGGUCGUGUAGGGAAAAGGUGGGACAAUUUCAUGGUGGUACCCCAACCCGACGGCAGGAAAGGGAGGGAUCAUCCAUCCCGCACGACGGCAUUUGUGGUGGUGCCAUCGGAUAUCUAUCACCACUUGGCGUGCGUGAACAAGCCUGGGAGCUUUCUCACACCAUCACCAACAAAACAACGGGCUGUAAAAAGAUCUUGAGAACGAAAGGGACAUGAAUUACGGAUAUGGAUAGCAUUUGAGCGGGGGAAAAAACUGUUACUCAAUUAUAAAGCC